CUUGUUGAAAAAAAUCAUCAUAAUGUAACAGCAUGGUUUCGAGAGAACCAUCUACUUCUCUGACUCUUAUAAGAAUUGAUUCUUCUAAAAUGUCUGAUCAUAGAAGUUCCAUCGAUACAGCCAGGAUGAGCACAGUGAUCAGUGCAAUAAGUCUUUUUUCAAAAAAAUUUAGUGAAAACAAUACACCUCGGUGUCGCAUAUGUUUUUCUUCGGGAGGAGGAUUACUAUCCGCAUGUCAUUGCAAAGGAUCCAUAGGACUGUUUCACAACCAAUGUUUAGGAAAAUGGAUACAAUCGACUGAUAACGAUAUUUGCGAAAUAUGUCACGCUCGUUUUCGCGUCCGUUUCUUGCCAAGCAAUUUCACCGAUUGGUAUCAAAGUCCCAACAAUACUCAAAAAAAUAGCAUAAAAACCGACAUCGCUUUAUUAUUGGUACUUUCGUUAGUUGCCAUUACAAUUCUAAUCGUUUGCAUUAAAGAAGUCAUUAUUUUCUUUAAAGAAGAUAAUUGGUUACUAGCAAUGUGCAUCCUUUUCUUUUGCGUAAUUUUGAUAACAAUUUUUGUCUUUCAGGUUUACGUGGAAAUCAUACGUCAUAUCAUAAACUAUGAAGAUUGGCUAAGGGAUAAUUACAAAGUCGAGAUAUUACCCGAGCAGGAGCAAAAUGAAUUGAAAUAUUCAACAAGUUUCUUAUCGAUUCCGCGUCGAAGUUCCUUCAGUGUCGAAGUUCCUUCAUUUCUUAAUGAAGACGAAGGAACAAAUUACUAUCAAAUUCAUUGCAUUUAA